GCUGUCCAAUUGGAAUUUACUUAAAAUACAAUAAAAGAAGGUUGGUGAUAGAGGCGUAUGUAAUGUAAAGCGUUUCCUUUUUCAAUUAAACAUUAUACUUAUUAAGUAUAGCCAAACGUUUAUACAGUUUUGCAACAAACAAGAAAGUGAAAAAUUGAAAAUGGAUAACAAAUCUGAGUCCGCGAGUGAAGAAGAUUUCACGUCUAUUGUAAAUAUGGCUAAAUCUUUACGAAGGGAACAACUGUUCAUAUUAAAUGAGCAGAAUUGUUUUGUUAGUUUACAUGAAAUAUACGAAAAACACUUUUGUCAUGCACUACAGGUUGCUUGGAUCUGCGCCCGUCAACGUCAAGUUAUGAACAAUCUUAUUUUGGCGAAACCUGAAUCCGGACUUUCUGCGUCGUGUCAGCGAAUAGAUUUACUAGAAAGAUGUUACUUUAUCGACAUUCAUCACUGUAAAUUCAUAAAAUAUCCUCAAAUCAUAGCAACAAUAGAGUUGCUAAAUUUCUUACAUGAUAAACCUGCAAUUAUUGCUUCGGCCUUAUCGCUUGCAGAUAUUAGUGGAACAAGCCAAGCCCAAAUAGAUUCUACUAUCAAUUUUAUCGUAAAUGGCUUGUAUAGAAGUGCAAUUUAUCCUAACGAUGCUGAAAUGGUGAUUAAAAUACUACAAAUUCUAAUUGAAAUCCAAAUUGUUAAAAGCGAUAAUCCACGGAGACUACUACGAGGGGGCUCAUCCUCAUUUACACGUCUCUUUCAAAAGUAUCACGAAUCGUCUUUUGCAUCUAAAAUAUUUUUGAAAACCAUCCUUUUUGAACCUGUAAUGUCUGUAUUAAUGGAUGAUGAGAUAAAAUUCGAAACUGAUGUUCACAAAAUAGUGUCAGUGCAGAAUGCAACAGAGAAUGUAAAAAUGUUUGGUGAGGAAAAUUCUGUUGAUUAUUUGAACAAUCUUAAAAAAUACAGGGAAACAGCAAUAGAUCGUCUAUACACUCAUGUAUCGAAUUUCAUCAUGUCAUUCCGUGAUAAUUGGUGUUUAUUUCCAGCAACGUUGCGUUGGUUGUAUCAAUCAAUGAAUCAUUUUCUCCAACCGGCCAAUCUUUCAAAAGAAAAUAUCCAUAUAAUUAUGACAGAUUUAAUAUUUACAAAUUUUAUAUGCCCUUCUAUAUUAAGUCCUAAUGUACAUGGAAUCGUAGAUGCUCCAUUAUCAGACAACGCACGAUUUAAUUUAAUACAAAUUGGGCAGGUGAUUCAAAUGUUAGCUCUAACUGAAGUCCAACCGGUUGAAGACAAAUUGCUUGAUUUGUAUUCAAAAUUUGAAAAGAACUGUUUAAGAACCCUAAUUGACCAACUUGAUUAUAAAACAUUCAAUAGCAAUUUUGAGAGCAAUAAUGAUAUACAGAGCUGUAAUUUGCCAAAUAGUACUGUUGUUUUAGCUACAUAUGACGAACUUAUUACAUUAACAAAUAUGAUCGAAGUUGUUAGUAAACAGGAUAAAUUAAUUUCUUUGGAUGAAAAUCAUAAACUUAAACAUAUACUGGAUCAAUUGCCGCAUUUUGAUGAAAAAAUCAAAGAAACAGAUAUUUUUUCUGAUGAGCUCCAUCUUCCAAAUAAUGCAAACAAAAUUAAGCCUAAAACCAAAGAACGAUUUUUAAAAACGAGAAGUUUGUCAAGUUCUCCUUCAUAUUCAACAAACGAAAGCAUGAAAGAAACGAGCACAUGCCCUAAACUUAAUAUUGAUGAUGUUAUCCUAAUGAUUCCUUUAUCUUGGAAUGAUGGUAAGAUGAUGACUGAAGAGGAAUUUCUAAAUACGAUGUUGAAAAACUGUUCUCCUGCGCCUUUUAGUGAUUCUGGUAAUGCAAAACAAGAAAAUAUGUCAUUUAAAGACCAAAAAAGAGAUAAGUCCAAAAGCUUUUCCCUUCCUAAUGAUGAUGCUUCUAUUGAGAAUACAUCAGACAAUCUGGAGGCGGUCAGUGAAGCGCAUAGCAAUCAUUCAGUAGCUAGUUCCCUUGAGCUCGAAGAAGCAGAUCAGAAUGAUAAUGAUAAUCUCUCUGACAUGAUAUCUGCAAAUGUAUCUGGCAGAGGAACUCCUAAUAUAUCAGGACGAGACACUCCAUCGUCACAAGUAACUGAAGGUGGUGGGGAAGUGCAACAUUUUACCACGCCACAAAUGAUUAAAAUUUUAAAUAAAACCCGGUCGGACAUUGAAGAUAAGUUUUGCAAAUUUGAAAUUAAAAAGCUCAUGGAAGGCGAUGAAACCAUAUCGAUAAUUUCUGACACGUGGAGUACUGAUGUUUUAGCUUCUGAUUCCGAGGCUGUAGAUGCUAACGAGAGAAACUUUACGACACCUUUGAUUCCGACAACUCCUCUUUUGCCAGGUGAUCAUAGUUAUACUCCUAUUACGAAUUCUUUUGGACAGCUUCGCCUGACAAACGUAGAUUCUGAAACUCAAUCAGAGUCAGCUUGGAGUACAGAUGCAGCAAUUGACACAGACGAUAAUAGUACAACCACACGCUCAGAUGUUGCCGAAUCAGCGUUGGUUUUGAAAAACGAUUCUUCAAAUUUGAUACAUCAUUGUACGCAAACGUUAUGUAAUGUUAAAUCCAAUUGUUUUUUUCAACUCUCAGAUAAUGCAAAUGUGAUGAUCAACGGCAUACAAUCAGUUCGUCAGAGUUCAACAGAUAGUAAUAAUUCUAGUAAUAUAUCAGAAAAUAUAUCAAGAUAUGGCAAAAACGAUGCAAAUGAAAAUAAUAUAAAUAUUGUUUCCAUGGAAUCCGCAGAUUACACAAGAGCGAAGAAUAAAAGUAAGGAUAAAAACUGUAAUGAUUCGAAACAUAUAGAUUGUAUAGAUUUUUCACCAGCAAUUCAAAGCUUGAAUUCAAACGAAAGUGAUCAGAAAAUCCUUAAAUCCUCGAAUCCAUUUUUUGACAUCAAUGGCCUAUUUUCAUCUGCCAACAAUAACAACCUCAAUAGUUCGUUAGGAAUUCAAAGUUCAGCAGAUUACACUGAUGAUGAAUUUGCUGUAGAACACCGUCGGUUAUCGUCUGAACAACGUAAUGCAAAGUUUGAUUCUCGCAGAAAUGGAAUGAUCGAUAUUUUAGGUAACUUUUCUAAUUCGCUGUCGCUUUCCCAAUUAAGAAGUAAGGGUAUUUCAUACUCACUACCUAACGCAUCCUUUGUAAACCCAUUUGAGAUGCGAUCGCAUGUUUUAGAAGAACCGAAUAGGAUUCGAGAAGCGAAAAUUAAUUCUUCGAAAUGUACUGUGAAAACGAACAAUCAACAGCCGUUGAUAGACUUGGAUCAGAAAUCUUCGUAUUUUGUUGAAGAGCACCAUCAGAAAGACAGCAGUGAAACAAAAUCAAUCAGCUCUAAUAUGCCAAUUUCAAAAACUUCUGGAAAAAUUACAGGAGCAAUUCCGAAAAGUAUUAGCUUUGAUUCUUCUGCUGACAAAAUCAAUCGCAAUAAUUCUAAACCAUUAGAAACUUCUCGACUCACCGAAAAUUUAAAAACAAACGCAAGUUUCUUCACAAAAAUAAAACUUGGCUUCAAAAAUCGACGAAGUGUCAACAGUAAAUCUAGAUUCAACGUCAAUGGUCAAAGGGAUAGUAUUGGUAUAUUUACUAAAAGUACAAUAGAUGAUUCGCAAGAUACAACGGAGGAUAUACUCGCCAAAUAUCGUCGAAAAACAUCCAUUUCAGCAGAAUCAGUCUCAUCAGACUUCAUAAGCCAUAGCCAAACCAAUACUCGAACGAAAGUAGUGGAGGAUUCCAACAGAAAAUUUAAUGCAAGAUCAAUCAAUGAACGUUCUAUCAAUUUUGCUGGCAUAAAAAGGAAAUUGCGAGCAGUGUUGUCUACAACAGAAGUUUUGUCAAGGAACUUUGAGCAAUAUCGUACAUGUUCUGCAACACCAUUGUUAAUUUAUCUAAGAGCACUUAGAGCACAAGCCCUCAAUAACCAAAAUUUAUCGCAAUUAUCUGGUAUUUCGGAGCUUUUACGUUGUUUACAGAUGACUGACAAGGAAUUUCAAAAAUUGUUGAUAAAAGAGCUGCAUCAAGAUAUAUCAAUUCGAAAAGCUUACAUGGACUAUCUGAUUGAUUGUCAUCAUACUUGGUUAUCAGCAAUUGACAACGUUGAAUCUCUCAAAGAACACCUUCAAAUUGAUAGCCAACUUUCUAAACGUCAAAUAAUUAUGAUUUGCGUGAAAAUUUUCCUAGAAAAAAGGGAGCAAAACAUAGAACAGUUUCACAACGACUUUGUACAGCUAACGGUAGCAGACGAGAGAAAAGACUUAUUGAAUGUGUUUUUGAACACCUUGAUGGACAAACUUCGUUCAGAUAUCGUUUUGAGCUGCAUGACCGAAUGGCAAACAAUCGAGGCACGAAAUUGUUUAGAAAGCUUAUUGCUACAACGGCUCUACCAGUUUGUUAUGUUCCCAAAUGAUGAUGGUGAUAUUUCUCGUGAUCAAGUUUUGUUCGAGCACAUAAAAAAGUUAUCGAAAACAAUAUCUCCAGAUCAUCCCCAGCUUCGCAUUUCAGAAGCUUAUCUCGAUGAAGCUCCAUGGCCUUUUGCUCAGAGACAUCUAUCCUUCAUAUCUGCCUACAAAACAGCAGACGAUAAAGUUAACUGUGUUAUAAAGUGCAUUAAAUGCAUAAUAAGCCUUUUAUCGAUAGGAUCUGAGAAAGUUGUGGCAGCAGAUGAUAUAAUACCGGUUCUUAUAUAUGUUAUAGUAAAGGUGAACCCUCCACAUUUAUUAUCUACAAUCGAGUAUGUUAACUGUUUUAUCGGAGAAUCUUUAUUUGGAGAGAAUCAAUAUUGGUGGACACAAUUUUGUUCAGCAGUUACUUUAAUUAAAACAAUGGAUUAUAGUGAAUAAAUCGUUGACAUGUAUAUAAAAUAUUAUUGCAGAAUAAAUAUGAUAUUCAGUUAUUUA